UCGACUUGGUUAUAUAAGGUGCACAGACAUGGGUACCUAUAAAUAUUAGCGAGCAGCUGUCACAAAGGGAUUGUGAACGAGCUGCUCGGGACCUCAAAAACAUAAUAGCUUGGCACCCAGAAAUACAUGACUUUGAUAACAUACUACAAGGUCACGUAUUGGGGGGAGAGGGUAAGGAGGUGGCGACUGCUUUUAAUCUUUGUCUCUUUUAUUAAAAAAACCCUAAUUUUCUAGCUUUGUGUUUCUGGUAUACAUCGGAUAUUUACAAUUUUUAUCACAUUAGGAUAUGACAUUCCUGGCCUUGCCAGUGCUUUUGUUUGGAUAUUUAUAGCAGCUUCUGGUCAUUGUUGAGCAAAGGCGAUUGCCCUGCCCUCUGGCCCUUUCUUAAGCAGAUUUUGGGCAGAAGCUCCUCUCGUGUGGCACUAAUUGAAGUGACUGGUGGAGGGGGUGUUGUGAGCACACUUGUGCUGAUCUGCCAGGGUCUAAGCCAAGGGAGGAAGAGAAGAUAAAACGGGGAGAAGGGAGAAAAGAGGAAGAAAAAAAAAAAAAAAAAAAAAAAAAAGGAGGGGAAGGAAAAAAAAAAAAAAAAAAACAACAAGCCCAAGGCGGGCUGUGCAGAGCGGAGGGCUGCAGGGCUGCCGGCCAUCUGUCCGCGCAGGGCGGCACGGCGGGAGCGCCGGGCGGCGGGAGCGGCGCCGCUCCGCAGGUUGAUUAAGUGAAUAGAAGAAAAAAAAAAUAAAAGAAAAACGAAGCUACUUUCAAGUAUUGAAGAUACAAGGCCAGGAUGAACACGAGGGACGGAAAAGUGUCCGAAGGAGGUCUCAAUGUCACUCUUACCAUACGCCUUCUCAUGCAUGGCAAGGAGGUUGGAAGCAUUAUCGGAAAGAAAGGUGAGACAGUGAAGAAGAUGAGGGAGGAGAGUGGUGCUCGAAUCAAUAUUUCAGAAGGCACUUGUCCAGAGAGAAUUGUGACAAUAACAGGCCCAACAGAUGCAAUUUUUAAAGCUUUUUCUAUGAUUGCACUAAAAUUUGAAGAGGACAUAAACGCCUCGAUGACAAACAGCUCGGUGACAAGCAAACCGCCCGUGACACUGCGGCUCGUCGUCCCAGCAAGCCAGUGUGGAUCCCUCAUAGGAAAAGGAGGUUCCAAAAUCAAAGAAAUCAGGGAGUCCACAGGAGCCCAGGUGCAGGUGGCAGGGGACAUGCUGCCCAACUCGACGGAGCGCGCCGUGACCAUCUCCGGCACCCCCGACGCCAUCAUCCAGUGUGUGAAGCAGAUCUGCGUGGUGAUGCUGGAGUCCCCACCCAAAGGUGCCACCAUCCCCUACCGUCCCAAACCUGCCUCUGCACCUAUCAUUUUUGCAGGUGGCCAGGUAAGAGCAGACACCAUUUUGGCUUCAGCUGGAAACCACACCGUCCUGGCCCAGCCUCAGCCAGCGCCUGCGUUCACGAUUCAGGGGCAGUAUGCCAUCCCUCAUCCAGACUUGACCAAGCUUCACCAGUUGGCUAUGCAGCAUCCCCCCUUUACUCCCCUUGGGCAGACCACCCCUGGUUUCCCUGGACUGGAUGCCACUACUCCAACCAGUUCCCAUGAACUUACUAUUCCCAAUGAUUUAAUAGGCUGCAUUAUUGGCAGACAAGGCAGUAAGAUAAAUGAAAUCAGGCAGAUGUCAGGAGCACAGAUCAAGAUUGCUAAUGCCACAGAAGGCUCGGCAGAACGACAAGUUACAAUCACAGGAUCCCCUGCAAACAUCAGCUUAGCACAGUACCUCAUUAAUGCAAGGCUGUCUUCAGAAGUUACUGGCCUGGGGGCUCUGUAAUGUAUCUCAUCAUGCCCUAGUGCAUUAGCCACCAGACAGGACUUUUCCAAAGCCCCAUGAGACAAUGCUUUCUAUGGACUAAUCUACAGAGGAGUUUCUGCCAUUUCUAACUUUCUUAUUAUUCUGAGACAUCAAAAGAAAACACUUACUUUACUCUUUAAGCAACUGUGCUUCCUAACUCUUGUGUUGCUUUCAUUACUGUUCCAGUUUUAACACUGUUGUGGCUCAUAACAUAAAGCAAAGACAAGUUAUUUUUGGGGGUUAAUUUUCAUUGAUGUUCAUGCUUUGGCUAAUCUGUAUAAAAGCAUGGGCCGUUAGUGUUCUAAACCACUGUAUUCAGCUAGAGACUCGACAGCAAGUUACAUGAGACGUUUUUAUAAAUAAAUUUUUUUCCUGAUUAAAAAACAAAAAAAGACGUGGUAGCUUUGUGCAUACAACUGUUGUGUUGUUUAAACUUUGUUCUUUGUAACCGAGUUGCUAACUUGUCAUUGAAGAAGCACUAUUUUAUGGAUUGUCAAACUAAGAUCACAGACAAAUUGCUUGUUUUCAAUUAAUGAUUAAAGGUUUCAUAUCAUCACGCUUAAGGUCCCAGUGCUCAUUGGGAAAGUGUAACACCUGUGCAAGACUGGCAACCUUAGUAAGGGAUUGUCAGGGAUGAUGAGUCUGUUCAGGAUUAGUGGGAGCCAGAUUGUGCAGUUAGUAGAUAAACAGUAUUUCUACAAAACUUGGUUUGGUUUUUAACAAAGCUGUUUGUUGAGAACUUCUCACACUGCAUAGAAAAGACAAAUUUGGCUUCAUGUUGCAAGCAGCCACUGACUUGUAUCUCUGGUCUUUUCCCAGACUGAUCUAUAGAUCAGAUACUGGGGAGAGAAAAACAGGAGCAACAGAAUGAAUUUGGAUGCUGAGUACUGUAUUGCUAAGGCCCUUCAUACUUCCCCAUUCCCAGCAGCACUGCCCAGUGGCAAGGCUUCUAGUCAGCACCCUCCACCCUGCCAGGUGCCAGCCCAGCAGCAGGGAGGAGCACAGAAUGUGCAGCAGGAAGGGGAAGGGAGAGCUCAGCAGGCCCAGGAGCUGCCUCUUCCUGCCCUGGCACUCUGCUCCAGCUGUUCAAACCCUCCUUUGCAUCUGCUGAAGCACUGCAGUCAGCCUCGAGUUCUCUCUUCAAAAGAGCAAGCAAAAGAAAGGGGCUGGCCCCUGGCCGUGCUCUGGCCACCUCUUCUCUUGGGGCAGUGGCAGUACUGUCACAGCUACUGCUCUGGCCUCAUGAGAAAGCAGCUUUUUGGCAAUGCAGGAGUAGCAUCCUUAAUGACACAAGACUGAUUGUACAACCUCCAUCUCCCCACUCUGUUAAAGCCCCCUACCUGCCUUCAGGGAUUUAGCUUGGGGUUCUGCUUCCCCUCCCUGCCCCUGCUGAGCUUUUGGGGCAUACCACAGUUAUCCUCUGUGGUCUCCAGGAUACACAAAGCUCUCCAGUUUGAGUCUGCAACUAGGACACAACCAGGAUGUGCAUGCAAACUUGAAGACCUGUAGAAAUCAACAGCUUUCCCAAUACAGAUGCAGCCACAAAACAACCCCUGAUGAUGAAGGGUGCCGAGGGGCAUUACAGAACAGCUCACUGCACCCCAGUACCCAGGAGGACUUAGCCAAUAUUGGCAAUUAGCUACUCCAACCCUUAGAAAAACUAUAGGCUGUAAGACUAAUUUGAUAAAAUUCUGUGUUACUAUUACUUAAAAUAUAUUUUUAUUACUUAAAAUGUAUUUAACCUCUCAUUCUUUAAAGGAGAGAUGAAGCUGCUUUCACAGCAGAGACCUUAAAUAAGUCUUCAUUUCUUCAACAGCAAAAGCUAUUUCUGUGGCUAGCCUAGCUACUGUAAAUGAAAAAAAAAAAAGAACAUUAUUGCAGCUCAACACUAAGUAGGUCAAAGCUUUGCUCUCCCAGUAAGGCUGCCAGGCAAAGGGCAGCAGUAGCUCUGGGAUGUAUAGUAUCUUUCACAUUAAUAAUUCACGUAUGCCUUGCAGAAUUGAAAGAUUUAAACAAACUACUGCAGGGGCAUGUUUGUGUGAAGAAUGAGGAGAUGUAAAAAAAAACCACAUGGACAAAGAAGGAAGUCUUCUGAGAGGAUUUUUGCAAAAAUACAGGCAAAAAUGUGAUAAAAUCUAAGCUUAUUUUAAUUUCAUCAUUUUAGUUGGAAAAUAUUUCUGAAUGGAAGGAAAAAACUCUUAAUAGCUGUACUAUACAAAACAGACAAACAAAAGACAAGGUGGUAAAGAAAAAAAAAGGGUAAAGAAUAAUAGUAACCAAGACAGAAAAGUAAACCACUCAUGGCCAAAGGUAGAUAAGAGGAAGCAUGUACUCCCUGUGAAAAGGUCACUGCCCACAAAAAUGUGAGUUUCCAGAUGAAAGACAGCACCAGUUCCGCAGCUUUUGCGUCAUCAAAUUGGAAUUAGGUUUCUGGAAACAUCUCAAAUGAAUUCAAGCAGCUCUGUUGUGUUUCUCAAGUGAAAAAACAUUGACAACAUGAAUGCUGGCUGGAACCAGAAGGAAAAUAAACAAAGUUAGUCCUCUGCUAAUACACAGAGUGCUUUCUGUUCUCAGGCAUAGCCAGAGGGCAUCUGUGGGCUCCAAGGUUCACUCUGGUGCCAGUCAAGCUCCUAGGAAGCAGCACAGUCUAACUGGUGCCAUGCACAGAGGCACCUGGGAAGUGCCUCAGCCUCAGAAGGCUGCACAGGCAAGGUGCUGUUUGUCGAGUUUCACAAGACAGUCUGAAAAUCCAACUUCUUCCACAGCCUAAAUAUCAGCUGAAUGUAUUUCAGCACUGUUUGUAUUCUUGGCACAGGACCUUCCCCAUCUGGAGGGAGUGUCAUGAUUAUCUAAAAGUCACAAUGCUCCCUGAUCCAGUGGUUCAACAGUGGCACAGCUUCUGCAGGGAAGACUGUCAUUGUCAGACUCCUCAACUGAGUGACACAAAGUGUGUGUUCAAAGAACAGCAUCGAAAGGAGGCAUUUGAACAGAGAUCUCUUCUGUCCUCUGUAACUUCUGCAGCCACCAAUGGUGCAAGGCAUUAGUGCCUCCACUGUAGUUUUGGAAGAAAUACCUGGUUUAGAUGUCUACACACAGGAACUGCUCCCAUUUGUUUUUCCAGCUGUUGGCCCAGGAUAAUUCUAACUGAACUGAUGAACAGAAGAUCAAAUGAAGGCAGAUAGUGAAAAACUGCUUCACACCUGAAAUUUCCAUCUCUUGGCCCAAGCAACACUUUCUAGGGAUGUAAGUACACACUGCCCUUCUUGGCACUGAAGUGUACUUCAUUACUUGGUUCCAGGAAGGAAUGCAGUAAUAUUGAUUAAAUCAGUUUCUGCAUCAAUACAUGUGUCCUACAGACUGGCAUUUGUGUUAUAAGAGUGACUGAAAUUAAAGAGUCACAGUCAUUUGAUGGUAUCUAACAAAAUGGAAUUUCUGUAACAUUACAUACUCACACUGUGGUUUCUAAUGACAGCUAUAUUAUGAUCCAUGCAUGCUGAAUGUCCAAUUUUCUAGGGCAAUCUUUAUGAAUUAUAAGAAAAAGAUAUUUUUAAGUGCUGAAAAUAUUCUAGUAACAUUUAUAAUUAUAAGACUUUUAUAAUUUCUAGCUUACUGUUUUUUAAGAUGAUAAAAUGCAGAGAAUCUAAUUAUACUGGAAUGCAAUAAGCAAAAUCUGUUUCUCCUCAAAAUGAAUUUAUUGGCAGGGGGCCUGGCCAAAGCUAAUGUUCUUUCCAAUCAGUAUUUGCAAUUUGAAGCAAAUUUUAAAAUUAAAUGCUGUAGUAGAGGAAAAACAAUCAUGUUAGCAAAUGAGAACACUGGUUUGUUGUUAUUCAGAUUUGUUGCUUUGCACGGUCACUUUUGGGCUCCUCUGUACCAAAUGCAGACCUUGUUCCACAUCUAAGGCAUGACAGCAGCAGCUUAUUUCUUCAAGGGCAGGAGAGAAGUUAGCACAGCAAUUAUAAUUUGUGACUCUCCUUGCCAGCAGCUGUAGCUGUGGUGAGCUGCUCCCUGCGGAGCUGCUCUCUGGAACUCCAUUUCAAACAUGCAGGCACACAGGCUGUGCUCCUGGAAGUCACUCACCAGCUCCAAAACCAUCAAGCUCAGGAAUCUCAACUACUUUCUGGUGGCAUGGUGGCAGUUUUUAAGUUUUGACAACACUUUCCAUUAUUGUAUGAGUAAAUAAGGAUUACAAAUGUCUUCCUCCCUAACUCAGAUACUUCAGUUUUCUGCAAGUUCUGGAGAUAAGAGAAUUAAAAUAGUCAUCCUAAUUCAAAUUAAAAUUUUGUUUUUAAUAGUGGCUAUUGACAGAGCUAGUUAUUAGGAUUAAUCUGAUCUUUAUUGUUAAAAAAUAGAAUUCAAGGAAGUUAAGUAAGUGAGAAAAAAAAUUAAGGACAUGCAUAUUUUUAAAAACAAUAAUUUCCUCUGGUUAAUAACCUAGCUGAAUAAUACAUCAGAAGUACAUAAAAUUGUUUUCUAAAACUGAAGACAUACUUAAGAUUACAAACUAAUUAUCCCUAUGUUUUCUAAGAUACAGGAGAUUAUUUCGAUUAAUAAAUUAGCUUGACUACUAAAUGAGGUUAGGAUACUUCCCUCUUCUCCCUUAUAGCCAUGCCACUUUCAUUGAUAAAAAGCAGGAUGAUUUUUUGCCCCUUUGACACAACAGCACAUGCAAGGCAGUGGUCACAAGGGACAGUCACUCCCAUCAACUUCACAAAGCUCUCUAAAAGCUUUGUUUCAAAUGUUGAAGAAAGGUAACAGUUGUAUGCAGUAAGCUGUAAAAAACUUGGAUACAACACUACUUAGAGAUCUUUGAGAUUCCUCCAAGGAAAAGAGCACCAACUCCUAAACAAGACAGAAGCAAGAGGGAUGGAUGCUGUCACUUCCCCAGCAGUGCACACAACCCCCUGGCUCUGGCUGGUCCAUCUUUACCCUUCCAUCUAGUUAUGCAAGGACAACGAGUGGAAUGAUGAGGGAUCUGGUGUUUUUUCCUGCCAUCUAUUCCUAAUAACAGUAGGCUGCACUGGUUUGGAUUUGAAUGUUCAAGAUCUCUGCACUGUAACUAAACUCACUGCCUUUAGCUUCUUAUCACAAGAUACCUCUAAAGAUGAGGGCAACUGGACUAAAACAGCUGAACUGUUAAUUCCUACUCAUCCACAGUUGAAACCAUGACUUGCAGAUUUAUGUGCAAGAUGAAAGUAAAAUUACAGAAGAAUGUACCCAAAAAGUGUCAUUAAUAGACUCAGAGAUUAGCAUUUUUAUACUGUCUAAACAUGUAUGACCAUGAUGCUCUGUGUAACCUGACAUUCACUCCCUCUGUUUCUCUGAUAUUAAGCCAAAUGCAGAGUGGUUCUGAAGUUCAGUGUUAAUAAGCUUGUGUACUUUUGUGAGUGGGGUCAGUGAAAAGCAAAGAUAAACAGAAUGGUUAGAAAUUUAGCUUAGUGUUUCUUAGAGGGAAAUUGGGGAAGUGCUUUUUUUGGUUUGUUUUGAAAAAGACUGUCCCGUAAUACUGCACCACCCUCUCAGCUGGAAGUUCUCUUUUCAGGGAUAAAUGGAUGUAGAGAUCUUUCACUGCAGCAUGACAGGCACCUUAGACAUUGAUGUUUGAAUGCUUCAUGCUGUACAAAGACAUUUUAUUUCAGUUUUGGUCCAACUAAGUUUUCUCCAAAUUGUCCAAACAUUCAUUAUUUAUUUCAAUAUUCUCUGAACACUUAUUUUGUAUUUUAAUACCCUCUGAAUGUUGCUAUCUCAGUGACAGUCCUAAUUCAUGUAAGACUUCAGUGUCAGAUCAAACAUUUUAGCAGCAACAGCUGCUUACACUUACUAACAGCUGUACACCAACACAUGUGAGCAGGAAUGUGUGGAUACAAUAAAUAUAAACCACUAAGAGCCACUGCCUGAAUUUUGACAGCUUUAUAAAUAGGAAGAGCUGAACCCAAGGAUCAUGGAAUUUGGGAAUGAUAAAAAAGCAUCUCACUAUAAAGAAAGGGCUUCUGCCAUAUCAAAUAUUUCCCCCAAAACAGGCAAACAUCUAAGUUUAGUUCUAAUCUUUACUGCUUGGUUGAUAACCAUCUCUGAGGCAAGUAAGUGGAGUGCUUUAUAAGACCAAAGCUUGUUUUCUCCCUUUAAAAUCUCACUAAUUUUAAAUCUAGAAUAUU